GAGAGACCUAGGGGCGGUAGGUAGGUGCGCCACCAUCCCGUGAUAUGAGAGAGUCGUGGGAGUUUUGGGAGCGGCGUGGUCAGGGAAGGCGGAUCGAGUACCGCGGCUCAUUGGCCGGCCGUUGCUAGAAACACGACCGGACCAAAAGGGGGCGGAGCCUGGAGAGGGUUCUCUCUCUCUCUAUUCCCCUCUUCAACUGUUCCUAGUUGAUUGGGCUCCCUCCCGUCCUCCACGCGACUGGGUUCUCUCCAUUGCCCCAACCAAACCCUACAAAUCCUUCCACAUCCCGUCUUCUCCUUCCCUGUUGGAAGAAUAACUUGUGCUCCUAGUCCGUAGUAAGCCUCGGAUCCUCCACACCCCACUUUCUCCCUCCCUGAUUUAGCCCACAUACUCCAUCCCAUCUGCCCAUCUUUCCUCGUAGAAAACUGGGUUGGACCCUCCCCAUCUCCUCUCUCCUCCGCUCCUAACGCCUCCCCUCCUACAGAUUCCGCCCCAUACCUUCACUCCCGCCACCGCCCCGCUUGACGGGCAACGGUCCUUUUGCCUCUCAUCCCAUCCCUCUCCCUAAACAUAAACUGAAGAAAUCCGGAGCAAUAAAUGAAAAUCAGCCUCCAAUUCCAUCCCUUCUUGUGGGAUGAGAGAGAGAAACAGGGGGACUAGGGAUCUCGACGGGGAAGUCCUUUUUCUCCUCCUCGAUAAAGUUUCCAAAAGGCCAUGCUACAUAGUGUGGAAAGUCUGUCCUAUCCUUCUAUUAACUAUCAAAUAUUGCCAUGGUUAAUCCCGGUGACCUUUGUGGGGAGUGGCAGCAGAAAAUGACAAGUCUCUCCAUGGAGUCGCAUUCUUCCUGCUGCCACACACAGCUUCUGUGUUAGUGUUACCCUUGGCUGGGCAUGGUUCCAUCCGGACGUUUCAUCCUUGAGAUGGACGGCUCUCCCUGGAAAUGAUGGUUGGCUCGAAACGACCAACCGCGGAUGGUGGUGGUCGAGAGUCAUCCUUUUUGCACCUUGUUUGACUAAGAUGGGCUUCAAGAUGAAGAGGUUUGAUCGCUGCUUUAGUACUUGACUAAAUGCGAGGCAUGGCUCGAUUUGGCAGCGCACUUCUAUACAGAUGGAACAAGACCACUCUGUUAUCGACAGGCAAAGACCAGCUCCCAUGAGCUCCUUGACUCGGCCAGGCCAAUCCCGGCCACCCAUGAAAGAGGGGAGAAUCGUUUCGAACUUCCUUAAUAAAGGAGGCUCCGAAAUCCUCCCUCUAGCGUGUCCUCGGGUUCUCGCAAUUAUUAAUUUCUUACCACAGAGUGCGUUGUGUACCCAAAAUAAAUGGGGCAAAGUAAGAAUGGAGUAAACCCGAGACCCCUUGCCAUCAGAAACUAGGGGAGAUGGUUGAGGGUGUUGUGGGCAAGGGGCUCCUGGGAUUACAGCCAAAUCUGGGCAAUCUGGAGUCUGUUCUGGUGAGUGGAAGGACCCUUUUGAUCUGUCGUGUUGGUGUUGUUUCUCUUGGCCGUUGGUUGGCCCAUUUGGGUUCCUGUUGCCUUCAUAAACUAAGGAAGGAAUUGUUUUGCGAGAGUUGGAAAUAGUUCACGGAAGGUGCAAGGACAUUGCGUACAAAUAUGUUAUGGAAGUGUGGGCAUGUCCAGGAAACCAGUAUGUUUGCCACUCAGGCUGUCAACAACAGAAUUUGGAAACGAACUGGGAACAAGUCCAUCAGAUGAUACCUGCAAAAGAGGAGACAACUCAGUAAGCUUGAAUUGACACCGGCAAAGCACUGGCUUGUGAUUUCCCCUGGUAUCGGUGAAGGAGAUCACAUACUGCUGCAGUAAAUUGAUGUUCUUCAUCCAAUGCCAGGACAAGUUUCACCUGUUGAUACAUGUGGUCAAGGAAAAAAUCUAAUGGAAAUUGAUUGCCCAGAAGUUGUUCAUGAAGAUGGCCUUCCAAAUGGUGUACACAAAGGGGAAGCUGCCUCAACAGUAGACAGGUCUCAGAGUAGGCUAGACUGUGGACCAUCAAACGGAACCCAUGACAAACAAGUUGGUUUGCUUAAUAAAGAUAGGGAGAAUUGCAACACAGUGGAGGAAUUAGCUGAUCUCCACCAGGAAAAAGACACAUUGAUUAGAGCAGAUCUGGCAAAAGAAACAGAGGGUGAAUCCAAAGAUGAAGUGCUGUUGUCAGUUUCGGACGUAACACCAGCUGGGGAAGUGAGCAAAGCCCAAUCCUCGGAUGUGUAUGGUCAUAAGCAAACAAUGAAGAUUGCUCAAAAUAGUAUAGCUGUUGAAGAACGAAUGGCUGAAGCACUGUUUACUUCAGAAACUUGUAAGAGGAAGGAUUUGGAAGUUUGGCAAGGAUUACCAGACGAUGGACAUCAAGGUCGUGAUAUGAUAGGAGAUUCUUUCAGAGAGCAGAAAGCAAGUGCAGUCACUAUUUCAGCUUCUGAAUGUGAGAUUAGCAGGCAAGUCUCAGGUGGUGGAUCAGUUAGUCACCAAGAAAAUGCUGAAAACAUGGACCAAGAUGUUUCUAUAGCAUUGUGGGUCAAGUGGAGAGGAAAGUGGCAGGCUGGGAUCCGGUGUUCAAGAGAUGAUUGCCCUUUGUCAACAUUGAAAGCUAAACCUACGCAUGGAAGGAAAAAGUAUAUUGUUGUGUUUUUCCCUCAGUCACGCAUACACUGUUGGGCUGACACAUCGCUGAUAUGUUCCAUCACUGAGCGACCAGAACCUCUUGCUUAUAGAACGCAUUACAUUGGUAUGGAACUGGUGAAGGACCUGAAUGCUCCACGGCGCUUUAUUAUGCAAAAGCUUGCAGCUACCAUGCUUGAUACUAGUGAUAAGCUACAUAUUGAAGCUGUGGUAGAAAGUGCUCGCAAGGUUACUGCAUGGAAAGAAUUUGCAAAGGAGGCAUCCAAAUGUGAAACUUAUUCUGAUCUUGGCAGGAUGUUAUUAAAGCUUCAAAAUAUGAUUCUUUCCAACUACAUUUCUUCUGGUUGGCUGGAACAUUCUUUCAACUCCUGGGCAUGCCAAUGCCAGAAUGCAAGGAGUGCUGAAUCCGUUGAGAUACUUAUGAAGGAGCUUAUGGAUACUGUGCUCUGGGAUGAAGUCUCUGACCUUUGGGAUGCACCAGAACAGCCAAAUUUGGGAUCAGAGUGGAAAAUUAUGAAGCAAGAGGCUAUGAAAUUGCUUUCAAUAUCUCAUCCUGUGGCUAGUACUGUUGAAGGGGAUCAGAAGAACUGCGUUGACAUGGUGGUUUCAGGUCUUCCAAUCAGUAGAAAGAGGCAGAAGCUUGAAGUGCGUCGAUCAGAAACACAUCAGUCUUCAAUAGUACCACACAGUGAUGAACCUCAUUUACAGGCUGUCAAUCAAGAAACUUCAGAAAUGGUCAAUGACACUGGCUGUGUAAAAGAUGUUUUGGCUGUUCAGAAGCACGAAGAGGACAAUUUUUUGGAGGAAAAAAUGCUUGUAGGGCCUGGAGGAAAUGGGUUGGAGCAAUCAAGUGGCUUUGUUGCUAAAGAUGUCCAACAGGUCUAUCCUCAGACUGUAGAUGUAUCUGCUCCUCUUGGCAGUGGCACUUCGAGUAAUCUAGAAAUUGUUGUCCAUGCUGCAUCUUCAUCUGGGAAGAAGGACCGGCAAUGUAUAGCGUUUGUUGAAUCUAAAGGAAGACAAUGUGGCAGGUGGGCAAAUGUUGGGGACAUUUACUGUGCCAAGCAUCUCAAUUUUGUUUCUCCUCAAAAUGUUUCUAAACCAAAACAACCUCUAUCUUUGUCUCCUUCAAGUUUACCACUCUGUGGAGGCACAACCACUAGCGGGAAAAGGUGCAAGCACCGGUCUCGAGAUGGAUCUGGUUAUUGCUUAAAACAUAAGGAUGCUAGCUAUCAGAUGCUUCAGAUUCCUGGACCUUCAGGUUUAUCUAUAAAUAAACUUAAAAGGAAACGUCGCAGGAAGCGGAAAUCCAGCAGGUAUGUUGGCUUAGAGACUGUUACUGGAAAGGAAAUUGUUUUAGUAGAUGAUGUUCCUUUGCAAGAAAGUUCAAGGUUAAGCAUGGCACAUGUAGACCUUUAUCAGCAAAUGUAUAUGAUAGAAAACCAUGUGUUGGCUAGUUCAUCUACUGCUACGAAAGGUUACAGCCAGGAUGUACGACGCUGCUAUGGUUGGUGUCGUAAAAAUGAUGAUCAAUGUUUGCGCAAGCCAAAGCAUGAUUCUUCCUUCUGUGAGAAACAUACACCAAGCUGGUUUAAUUGUGAUAAUCAGUAUAUAUCCUAUGAGAUUUUUAAUGAUCUUGUUAGCAGUGUUAGUUCAGGGAAACAGAAAGCGCAUCUGUAUCGAGCUUCUGAACUCCUUUACGAGCUUAUGAAAAAUAGCCUUGCUGAGGGUAUUAUACAAGAUAUGUCUAGAGAGAGGUUCAUGGAGAAGAUUCUUUCUGAUGUUUCUGGUGACAAAAGUGUAGCAGAAAACUUGUUGAGGUUGGUUUCUGGUGAACGAGAAAAACUUAAAAGGAUUUGGGGCUUUGAUGAAAAUAAAGAAACAAAUUGCACAGCACAUAUUUCCUCAAUUAUGGCAGAACCUCUUGUGCCUGCAGCACGUGAGCAUAACCAUAAUUCAGUGGUUGAACAGAUGAAACGAUGUAAGUUCUGCCCAGAAUCUUUCUCUGAUGACCAAUCACUUGGUCUGCAUUGGAUAAAGAGCCACAAGAAAGAAGCUCAGUGGCUGUUUAGGGGAUAUGCAUGUGGCAUAUGUAAGGUCUCAUUUACUAACAGAAAAGUUCUUAUUGGGCAUGUAGAAGAGAGACAUGCUGGACAACCUGUUGACCAGAGUAUACUGUUUCUUUGUAUGACGUGUAAUAACCAUUUCAGCAGUUUUGAACAAUUGUGGCUCCAUGUAGUUGCAGCACAUUCAGCUGAUCUAAGUACACAAGAUAUCCAACACCAUAAGCAGUCCCUCAAGUCAAGUAUGCAUGGCAAUUUUGAAGGACAACCAAAGAUGGAAUGCAGCCAAAAACUGUCCCCUAAGAAACGUAAAACCUCGGAGAAACAUUCUGUUGGUCAGCAUCAUGCUGAUCGAAAAUUUUUUUGCCGAUUUUGUGGAUUGAAGUUUGACCUGCUGCCAGAUCUUGGCAGGCAUCAUCAAGCUGCACACAUGGGUCCAAAUUCCAUGACCCCCUUCUCUCCAAAAAAAUCUGACCAUUCUAUUUCAUCCAGGCACAACCUCGAGAAGCAUUUGCAACAUAGGCUGAAGAACAGUUCUCCUGAAAUCAACAGAACAUCUUCAUUUGGUGUAAAGGAGCCCUUGGAGAGACUGGAUUUUGAGAGGUCCAAAAUGUUAGGACGGCAAACUGAACUCAAUGAGAGAGCAAAUGUUAAGUCCAUGGAAAGGUAUUGUUCAGAUAUUGCAAAGAUCUUGUUCUCUGCAGUUCAAAGAACAAAGCCCCGCCCCAGCAGCCUUGACAUAUUAGCAAUUGCCCGGACUACAUGCUGCAGAGCAAACCUUCAUGCUACAUUAGAAAUGAAGUAUGGUUCUCUGCCAGAAAAGCUAUAUCUCAAGGCAGCUAAGCUCUGCAGUGAAUUAAACGUCCAAAUUCAAUGGCACCAAGAUGGUUAUAUCUGCCCAAAGGGCUGCAAACCCCUUGCAGACCAAUCAGUUUCUCUUUCACCCCUUCCCCAUGAUUUCUCUAAAACACCAUCACUGCCCUCAGAUUCAUGGUUUCUUUCAUCAGAUGCUAAUGGUACAGCGUGGGAGAUGGAUGAAAGCCAUUGCAUAUUUAAAGCUGUUUCCAAGCUUAGAUCUUUUAAAUCCAUUGUUUUAUGUGAAGACUUGAGUUUUGGGAAAGAGGCAGUUCCAGUACCAUGUGUGGUGGAUGAAUACUUAACUAAUUCAUUCUAUACAUAUACUGAUGGUGUCCAUAGAGGUGGUGGUCCUGACCUUUGCAUGCCGUGGAAGGAUUUUACUUAUAUUACCACAAGAAUGCUGGAUCCAUCCCUUGGUCUUGAUACAAAAAGCUCUCAACUGGGAUGCACUUGUCCUGGUGGAACCUGUUCUCCUGAUGUUUGUGAUCAUGUUUACCUUUUCAACAAUGACUAUGAAAAUGCUGUUGAUAUUCAUGGGAAGUCAAUGCGCGGUCGAUUUCCUUAUGACAAAAAUGGCCAGAUAAUUUUGGAGGAGGGGUUCCUGGUCUAUGAGUGCAAUUCACUCUGUAGCUGCGAUAUGACUUGUCAGAACAGGGUUCUGCAAAAAGGUGUGCAAGUAAAAUUAGAGGUCUACAAGACAGAGAAUAAGGGGUGGGCUGUUCGAGCUGGUGAGGCAAUUCCCCGUGGAGCAUUUGUAUGUGAAUACCUUGGUGAAGUUCUAGACGAUCAAAAUGCCAAUAAAAGGGGAGAGAGGUAUGAUAGUGAAGGGUGCAGCUACCUUUAUGAUAUUGAUGCCCAUAUUGAAGAGAAUGGUCUGAAUGAAGGUGCAGUACCUUAUGUUAUCGAUGCCACAAAGUAUGGAAAUGUUGCUCGUUUCAUAAAUCACAGCUGUUCGCCAAACCUUAUGAAUUACCAGGUUCUCGUGGAAAGCAUGGAUUGCCAGCUUGCGCAUAUUGGUCUCUAUGCCAGCAGAGAUAUAGCUGCAGGGGAAGAACUAGCUUACGAUUACCGCUACAAGCUAUUACCAGGCAAAGGCUGUCCUUGUCACUGUGGUGCUGCAAAUUGUCGUGGUCGUCUCUACUGAAGCAUCGGUUGCCCAUGGUCAUUUUAAGCAUAAUUUAUCAUGGUUCUGUGCUGUGGAAGAAUCUGUUCAGCUUACCCAACUUCUCAGGACAUUUCAUCACGAUUACCGCGUAGUACAUACCAGAGAAACCAUAAGGAUUUCUCUUCCCAUUUGGUCCGGCAUUUGCUUUGAACAGAUCUUCAGCGCCUACCCAUACUAGUACAUACUUCUUACCUCAGGAUCAUUGCAUAUGAACCAGAUAUCCGAGGCAAUGUUUUUCACAUUUGAGGCUCCUAUUCAUAAUUGAAAGUCCCAUUUGUAUGAUUCAGUUGGCCCCUGAGCUGGUGAAAAUAUGUUCAGCUCUCCAUUGAUUUGUAACAUUGACCAAAACAUGUACAUCACAAUUUCGUCGUUAACACGAGCUUCUUUUAUAUAGAACGGCUGAAUUUCUUUGAA